GGCACAAUAUUUUAGUAUAAUAUCAAUGCCAAAAUACAUGAGGCACAGUCUCAGGAUAUGCAGAGCAAAAGGAAGGAGUGAAGUGAGAAGUUGUGCUCUAACUAAAGUACUAGAGACACAGAGUGGGAGGGGCAUUUACAGUGUCCCUGUAACUGGAGGAGCUGCCUGACUUGUUAGUCCUGUCCACUCCCUCAACUUCUUCCGUGGCUUGUGCAGGAGUGGACUUCACCGACUAAAUCUCAUUUGUCCCAUCGGCAGCAGAAGGACAGUUUCCCGAGAGCUGCGUGGAGUUAUCAAAGAGAGGAGAAUGGACCGACUGACUGGACUGGACACACCUCUGAAUAAACUGGACAACAUAGAGGCACAGAUAGCCCCCACUGGAAAAGGGCAUCGCCCCAUUAACAUAAAUCACUAUGCCAGUAAGAAGACUGCGGCUCAGAGCAUGCUGGACAUUGCCUUGCUGAUGGCCAACUCAUCCCAGCUGAAAACUGUUCUCUAUGUGGGGCCUCGGUACCGUUUCUACAUCCCCCUCAUUGUCCUGCUGUCUCUGUCCAUCACGUUACAGGUCAUCGUGGGGCUGCUGCUCGUCUUUAUUGUGAAGUACGAUCUGAACGACAUGAGGAAACAUGCCAAGUUGAACAGGAUGAACAAUGUAGCUACAGUCUUUGUCUUCUUCACAGUCCUCAUCAACAUCUUCAUCACAGCGCUCGGCUUUGAGGGACAUUUUGCCACGUCAUCGGCAUCACAUUUGUCAAUACCAGGGCCUCAGCUCCCUCUUCUGCCCACUGACCUUAAUAUGACUGGUGGCAAUUAGACCAGUCUUUGGACCACAUAAGACAUCUGGCAUAAGACAUUGCAUUAUGUCAAAGCCUUGAAAUCUAAAGGGUUGUGGUGGGACUGCGGCCUUUUUGUGACUUCUGUAUGAGCUCCCUGGUCAAAUCAUGACUUGUUUGGGCAUAGAUUCACCAUCAACCACAUCCUCAACUCAGGAUCACAGCUGUUAAAUUCAACUCCACCAAAGACUGACAAUGAAGAACCUCAGUUUGAAUACAUUACCACUGGCUCAUCUUCCUUUGAAUCAAGAUGCCAACAGAGAAAUACUGCCCCACACUGCAGUGGGCUGACCCUGACCUUUGCAGUGUUGGGUUAAUCUGUUAGCAAAUGCAAAAAAUCUUCUCAUUUAUUGCCAUACUAUUUAAAGCUUCUAUCUUGUCAAUAUAACAGUGCAUUAUAUUGUUUCUGUACAAAUGUUAAAUUGGUAGAAUUAAGCUGGUUUAUAGUUUUGUUACUUAAUUAAUUACAUUAGUGGAGAAUGUCACAGUGCUGUAUGUUUGGAAACAUGUCUCUUAUUCUGUCAAUACUUGACUCUUACUUUUACCUCAUGAACAUUUUUGCAUCCAAUAGGGUUUCUCUCAUCUCCAGUGUCAUGUUUUUACAUUUUACAGUUAUGUUCUAUUAUAGUCUCUAAGGAGCUGGACACCUGAUUUCAUCUAUUUAUUUUUAUUAAUACAUAUAGAAAACUGUCUGGUUCUUGAUUGGACAUGAUGUGAAAGGCAGCUUGGACAUAUGAAAGACAACCUCAGUUCACAAGUGUGUUGUGCUACAUGACAUCAUAAUGUCUAUCUUGCAAAUAAGAACAAAUCACAUAGUAGAGAAAAGCUGCAUAAAAGAAAUCACAUUGCAAAUACACAAUACUCUGCAUGGAUAGAAAAAAAUGGUAUAUUUUAUGCAAGAAAGCAAAACUCAAGGAGAGGAAUACCAUUAUUAUUUUUCUUACCAUCAACAAAUGCCAUGAAAAGAUCACAACCUUGACCAAACUAAACAUUUUAGUCUGUGUCAGUACUUUCUGACUUUCCUCUUCUGUCUAUGGCUCUCAGCCCCAUGCCCACAGGCUCCUACUGAAGAUUGAAUU